AUGAACCACUUUUUUAAACACACUGUGAACUCGAAAUUGCAGAGUGAAAGUGUGAAUGGGGCGAAAGCAGGACAGAAUGAAGCCAAAGAACCGAGUCUUACUACAGAACCGAGUUCCUCGAGAGAGCUCUGUCUUGUGAGUCCUGCAGACAACUUACCGAGUGAUGAUCCUAGCCUUCUUAUAUUGGACAAACAAGUUUCCACCGCUUCAGAUUUACUCGUUGAAGAAGCUAGAAGGCAGACAAAGAAGGAGACUGCUUUUGUGAAUCUCCGUAAAAAAAGUGUGCGAGAAAGGAAGCUUGCUCCCACACAGCAAACUCCUUUUAAGGGAAACAGCACUGCCAAACAGAUCAUUCCAAACAAACAGGUUGGCGGAGGCUAUGAUCCUUUUGCACCCUAUGACAAGAUGAAGUCGAAGGAGCUCACUGCAUGGCAAAUGGAUGCUUUUAUUAAUCUACUGAGGCAACGGUACCAAAACCAUCCAGAACAUUUCAGGAGCGACAGAAUGUGCUUUCUUGAUCAUGUAUUUUCUCGGCAGUGGAGGGCCUCCUACCCUGAUUUUAAGAGCGACGCUCCUGAUGCCAACGGUUUAGGAAGAAGACUCCCUGGUGGGGCGUGGAAUUAUCAUGCAGGCUUGAUACCUUCUUUUUGCCAAUCUAAGAAGGUUUGGGGGGUGGAUGUGGAUGAUAUCUAUGCACCUGUGAACUUCAAGAACCAGCAUUGGAUUGCUAUAUGGAUAUCGAUCCCUAAGAGGCACAUCGUCGUCUGGGACAGCAUUGUCUCUCAUAUUAGCCCUGAAGAACUCGAUGAGGUAAUGGAGCCUUUUGUCACAAUGGUCCCUUAUCUGCUUGUUGAGUGUGCGCUCUCUGACGAACAAAAGGUUCAAUACACAUUGGAGCCAUACACAUAUGCGAGACAAACCGUUGGAGUACCUCAGUGCCGAGCUGGUGAUUGUGGCACCUUCACUCUGAAGUACAUCGAAUGUCAUGCUCUUGGGAUAGAAUUUCCCACCGCGUUUGACAAAAAACACGGGAAGACCAUCAGGGAGAAGAUGGCGCUGGAUAUAUUUCGAGAGCUUCCUAUGUGCCAUGAAUGGGAAAACCAAGACAAUGAUGAGAACCUGGCAACGUAUGAUUAG